UACAAAAGAUUUAUUUGGUUUAAUGGUAUUAUUUUUAGUUUUUUUUAUUUUUAUUUUUUAUUAUCCUAAUACUUUAGGUCAUCCAGAUAAUUAUAUCGAAGCUAACCCUAUGAAGACACCUUUACAUAUUGUUCCUGAAUGGUAUUUUUUACCUUUUUAUGCAAUUUUACGAUCUAUUCCAAAUAAAAUAGGUGGAGUUGUUGCUAUGUUUGGUUCAUUAGUUAUUUUAUUAACUAUACCUUUUACAAAUUCAUCUGAAAUUCGAAGUACAGCUUUUAGACCUAUUUUUAAAGUUUGUUAUUGGUUAUUAGUUAUAGCAUUUUUAAUAUUAGGUUGGAUUGGACAAUGUCCUGUUGAAUAUCCUUAUACUGAAAUCGGUAUUAUAAGUAUGAUUUAUUAUUUCUUUUUUUUUAUAAUAAUUAUACCGUUUUUAGGUAAAUUUGAAGCAUAUUUAGUACGUUAUAAUACUAAAUAAUAACGAAUUUAAUUUUAAUAUAAGUAAUUUAAUAUAUUACUUAUAUUAAAAUUAAAAGAUAUUAAAAAAUCAAAUAUUUUUUAUAUUAAGGAGAUUUAAUAAAUUCAAUAAUUUGAAUUUAUUAAAAAAUAACAAUAACUUCUAUUUAUAUUUUUAAAAUUUUACCAUUCUAAAGCAUCACUACACCAAAUAUAAAUAAAACCUAUAACUAAUUCAACUAAAAAUUCAAUCAUAGUCCAAAAUCCCCAUGAAAAAUUUGAACUUAAAGUUAAAACCCAAGGAAAAACAAAGACAGCUUCUAAAUCAAAAAUAAUAAAAAGAAUAGCUACUAAAUAAAAUUUUACAUCAAAAACUUUUCGAGCAUCAUCAUAAGGAUUAAAUCCACAUUCAUAAGCUGUUAACUUUUCUAAAUCAUCUUUUUGUUUAAUUAAUCCAAAAGAUAAAAUGAAAAUUAAAAUGGAUAAAAAUAAACUUAAUAUUAAAAAUAUAAAAAUAUUUGAAUAAUUUAAUAACAUAUUUAUAGAAAUUUUUUAAAAUAUAAUAUAAUUAAACGGAAAAAACGGGACUUGAACCCGCGACAUAUAGCGUGACAAGCUACCACUCUAACCAACUGAGCUACUUUUCCAUAUAAUAUUAUAUUUUAAUAUUUAUUAGUGUAAAUUUAAUGCAUCAUUAAUAUACAUACAUGUUAAAAUAGUAAAAACAUAAGCUUGAAUUAAAGCUACUGCAAUUUCUAAACCAACUAAUAAAACAAUAAUUAUUAAAGGAAUAAAAUGUGCCAUAAAAAUAAAACUAUUUACAUUUAACAUAGUCCAAGCAAAUCCUGCAAUUACUUUUAAUAAAGUAUGUCCAGCCAUCAUAUUUGCAAAUAAUCGUACAGGUAAACUAAUAACACGGAAAAUAUAUGAAACUAAUUCAAUAGGUACUAAAAUAGGAACUAAUGCGAUACUUGCACCGCUUGGUAAUAAUAAAUUUAAGAAAUUUAAUUUAUGUUUUUUGAUACCAAUUAUAUUAAAACCUACAUAAAUAGUUAAUGCUAAAGUAAAAGUAAUAAUUAAAUGACUAGUUACAGUAAAACUAUAUGGAACCAUUCCGAUUAAAUUACAUAAUAAAAUAAAAAAAAAA